GCUGUUCAUGGUGUCUCAUCAGUCGCCAUUGUUGAUAAGGAAACCGAACCUAUCAAACUAGUUGACAAUCUCUCCGCUUCCGAUAUCAAGCAUAUCUCAAUUGAAAACGUUGCUGAUGGUUAUCGAGAUGUCAGCGUGUUUCUUAAUAAAAUCAGAGACCACCCAAAGAUGGUCAUCACAUGCGAGGAGGAUACAAAUUUGGAAGAGAUCACAAGAUUGGCACUAGCCGUAGGGAUUCACAGAGUUUGGGUCGUAGAAAAGGGCACAAAAAAACCUUUGGGUAUUGUCAGUAUGAGUGAUACAUUGAGCAUGUUUGUUGCUGUUAAAGGUGAUCAUGAUCAAGAAAAUGAGAGAUAA